AUGAUGCUCAGGAGACAUCUCUGCAAAAUUCUCUGCAUUGGACUGACUCUCAUUAUUGUCUACAAUCUCGUCCUGGUAUUUUAUACCAAGUUGAGUUUACAAAAGUUGAUUCUGGGUGGUGUCCAAAAGGAGCCUCACUUGCCUCUGUCUGAAAGGAACGAGAUAAUGAUAAAGAGACUCUCUCAGCUGGAGUUGGAGUUGCAGCAUCUGAAAGAAAGUAUGAAAUUGUCUAAAAGGCAACCAGAAAAUGUGGACAAGGCAGUGGAAGCCAAGGCAAACGAGACAAAGAAACACAGACCCAGAGAGAAACUCUUCCCAAACUCAGCGCUUUUCAAGCAGUGGGGUGAGGAUCUCUCUGAGGCCCAGCAGAAAAGGGCCGAGGACCUCUUCCAGAAGUUUGGUUACAAUGUUUACCUCAGUAACCUGCUGCCCCUGAACCGGUCCAUCCCAGACACGCGGCAUUCCAGGUGUCUUCAGAAGACGUAUUCUUCACAACUCCCAUCCCUCAGUGUCAUUCUCAUAUUCAUGAAUGAAGCUCUGUCCAUUAUUCAACGGGCCAUCACCAGUAUCAUCAACCGGACCCCCUCUCAGUUGUUAAAGGAGAUCAUCUUGGUGGAUGAUUUUAGCUCAAAUGGAGAACUAAAGGCAAACUUGGAUAAGCAUAUUAAGCUUUACAACCAGAAGUAUCCAGGACUACUGAAAAUAGUACGGCAUACCAAGAGACAAGGUCUUGCUCAAGCCCGCAACACUGGCAGGGAAGUGGCCACAGCUGAAGUGGUAGCCAUCCUGGAUGCUCAUAUUGAAGUGAACGCUGGGUGGGCAGAGCCCAUCUUGGCCCGGAUUCAGGAAGACCACACUGUGAUUGUGUCUCCUGUGUUUGACAACAUUCUCUUUGACACAUUUGAAUUAGAAGAAUAUUCUUUGGCAGUUGAUGGGUUUAACUGGGAACUAUGGUGCCGUUAUGAUUCACUGCCAAAGGCCUGGAUUAAUCUGCAUGAUGUCACUGCUCCAAUUAAGAGUCCUUCCAUCAUGGGCAUCCUGGCAGCCAACAGGCUCUUCCUGGGAAAGAUCGGGUCUGUAGAUGGUGGAAUGCUGGUCUAUGGAGGAGAGAAUGUGGAACUUAGCCUGAGGGUGUGGCUGUGUGGAGGGAGAAUUGAGGUCUUGCCCUGCUCCCGGAUUGCUCACCUAGAGAGACAUCACAAGCCCUAUGCCUUGGAUCUGAUUUCUGCCAUGAGGCGCAAUGCUCUCAGAGUGGCCGAAAUCUGGAUGGAUGAGUACAAAUACAUGGUCUACCUGGCUUGGAAUAUACCACUCCAGAACUCUGGAAUAGAUUAUGGAAACAUUUCUUCCAGAAUGGCACUCCGGGAAAACCUGAAAUGUAAAACAUUUGAUUGGUAUCUGAAAAAUGUUUAUCCAGCCCUGAAGCCAAUCCACAACAUUGUAGGCUACGGAAGAAUAAAAAACUCACUAAAUGAAAAUGACUGCCUGGAUCGAGGCCCUAUUACAGGCAAGACUCCCAUCAUGUAUUUCUGUAAUGAAUACAGUCCACAGAAAAUCUACUAUCAUCUAACUGGGGAGUUGUACGUGGGACUGAUUUCAGAGGCAGUGGCUGAGGACAACUGCCUGACAGACCCUGGCAGUGGGGAGAAUCCUACUUUGGAGCCAUGUUCCAAGGCAGCCAAAAAUGGACUACACAUAUAUUGGGAUUUUAAGUCGGGGAGAGCCAUCAUAAACAGGGCCACAAAACGAUGUCUGGAAAUAAAGAAGGUUUCCAUCUACUAUAAGCCUGUGCUGCAGACCUGCACCACACAAGUGUGGACAAUCCAGCACACCCUCGGAGACUGGGGAUCCAACUAG